CAGUACGCAGAAACCAAGACGCACCACUGGCUGAGCCCUGUCCCUCCUCCCCGCCCCUGGGGCGUGUUUCAUUCGGUCGCUCUUUUAUUGAUCCAAGUGUUGGGGAAUUUCCGCACUGGCUCUGCCACCGCAGACGCUACCCCGAACACGAACUUUCAGUCCGCAGAAGCACCGCUCCCAGGACAGUAAUCAGCGCCAACACGGUUUCAUCGACUUCGGGGAUUCGUCCUCGCAGCGCGCGCGCGACAAGAGCGCUCCCUCUCGCCAUGGGACUGGCCCCAGAAGGGCGCGGCCCAGGACCCGGGUCACUGCUCCGCAACCUCAAGACCACUAUGCUCGUCGUGGUCGGUGUCCUGUCGGUCCUAGCUGACUCUGCCACCACCAAGCAGGACGGGGUUCCCCAGCUGAUACCUGUCCCCCAGCGAUGGAGGCACAGCCCUGAAGAUGGUUUGUGUCCACCAGGAACCCAUAUGUCAGAAGAUAGUAGAGAUUGUCCCUCCUGCAGUUAUGGAGUGGACUACACCACUCAUUGGAAUGAUCUCCCUUCCUGCCGACCCUGUUCCGUUUGUAAUUCAGAUGAAGAGGAGAGCAGUCCCUGCACCAUGACCGCAAACAGAGAGUGUCAGUGCAAAGCAGGCACCUUCCGGGGAGAAGAUUCCCCUGAGUUCUGCCAGAAGUGCCGCACUCGGUGCCCUGAUGGCAUGGUCGAGAAUAGAACUUGUACACCCUGGAGUGACCUUGUGUGUGUCCCCAAAGGAUCAGGUACUAAGACGUCUGGGGAAGCCCCGAGUCCUGGAAGGCCAGUGACUGCCAGCCAGGGGAAUUCCACUUGUCUUCUCCCUUCCUCAGACAUAAGCCUCAUCUUGAUAGUGAUAUUGAUUGUCCUCGCGGUUAUCAUACUGGGGGCACUUCUUUACUGCUGGUGCACCCGCACAGGUGGCUACAAGAACCCCAAGAGCAUGGCCAGAUUCUUCUGCUGCGGGAGGUCCCCAAGAGGGCCUGGGGCUGAGGACAAUGCCCGCAACGAGAUGCUGAGCAACAGAGACUCUUAUUCCUCCAUCGACUCUCAGCAGAAAAUGGAAAUCGAGGAGCCAGAAGUGCUGGCAGGUGUCACUGUAACAUCUCCAGGGCAGUCAGAGCGUCUGCUGAACUUUCAGAACGAUGCUUGCCCUGAAAAUGACAAGUUGCUGGUGGCACAGCCGGCUGGCUGUCAGGCGGAACUGGAACCCAGGAUUCCUGACUCCAACCCAGGGUGUCCCCACAGCCUGUUCCCGGGACAGGCAGGAGCUGAAGGUUCUCACAGGCAGAGGCUGCUGGUUCCAGCAAACGGCGCCGACCCCACUGACGCUCUGAGGCAGUCCUUCGACUACUUCACACAUGUGCCCUUUCACUCCUGGAACCGGUUCAUGAGGCGGCUGCGACUGACGGAACUUGACAUGGAAAUGGCCAGAGUUUCUGCAUCCUGCCCGGAGGAGACCUUGCACGAAAUGCUCAUGCGGUGGCUCAGGAUGAUGGGGCGGAAGGCCUCAGUGAACACCCUGCUGGAGGCCUUGGGCAGUCUGGGAGAAAAACAUGCAAGGGAGACCAUCGAGGCCCACCUGGUGAACUCCGGGCAGUUCAUCUAUCUAGAAGAUGAGGCAGGCCCUGCUCUGUCCUAAUUGUGAAAGACUCUCUUAGAAGCUCUCCGGAGCUUCCCUAGUUUACAUUUUCUUCUUAAGCACCGUUGGACAACAAGCCUACGGCAAGCAGACAAAAUUUCACAUGAUUGGUGCUUAAAGAAACUCUCAUGUCCUAGAACUUUUUCAGCAAUUCUUUGUUUUGUACAGUUCUAGGUUUGUGUGUGUUGUGUAUUAUUUAAGUAUGUCAUUCUUCUUCUGCUUAUGACACUUUUUUUUUUUUUCAGACAGAGUCUUCCUUUUUUGCCUCUACAGGCUAGAGUGCCGUGGCGUCAGCCU